UAAAUUUAUUGUAAAUUUAUGAAGAAGUCUAACCAAUAAGGAUAAGUUGAUAAGAAUUCAAAUAAUAAUGCUUGGUUGUAUGCUUUAGGUGGAUUAGCAAUUGGGGCUAUUGCAACAUUUUUUGGAAUGAAAACUAUAAAUGAUAAUAAUUAGUCAUAGAUUUAAAGUUAAGUUCAAACUAAUCAACAAGCUUAGUAAGUUACUUCUGAUGGAGAGUAAUUCAUUGAAACUCUUUGUUGUCCAAUAACUGGAGGUAAAAAAAGAUUAUCAUGUUUAAAUUAGAGUUAAUUAAUGAUGCAGCAUAACUUAGCACUUGUGGCCAUACAUUCGAAAGAUAGGCUUUAUUAUAAUGGUUGAAUAAAUCUAAAGAUUGUCCAUCAUGCAGAAAGCCAGCUAAUCAAUAAAAUAUCAUUAAGAAUUAUGCUCUUUAAGAAAUCAUUGAUUAACAUAGAUCUAAAAAAUGAUUUAAAAUAUUAUCCCCAA